CUGUCGCAGUCUCAAGUCCUUGCUUCCUCCCCCCCCCCCCCUCUCUCUCUCUCUCUCUCUCUCUCGCUUUCGUUCCCUUCUCCUUCCUCCCUCUCUCGCUAUCACUCUCUCUCGCUCUCCCUUUCCUUUUCCCGUAUGUGAUAUUUUCACCUCAUGAUCAGUCGACUCAACGUUGCUGAUCACUGCUCCAGUGCAUUCACAGUGUCGCUACGUGAAUCACAUUCUGGUCACCGAUCUUCGCUUCCUGCAGUUGGCGCCAUCGUUGUUGUUCGCUAGGAGUCCUGCUUUCUUCGCAUUCCCCUUGGACGUCAUGCCAUAGUUGCGAGCACCUAGUUGAUCGACAGGAACUCAGUUUAGAAGGUAGAUUCCGUGUGUUGAAGGUCCGGAACGUGUGCUGUGCGCUUUCUAGUGUCGUGGUUCUAUCUCGUGGGUGCAGUCUCAAGUUGCGAUUAAUAUCGGUAGACGUGGCAACUGAUUUUGGUACCGAGUCAUCGGGAGAAAGUUGAAGCCAUUCAGUGUUAAUUACCAAUUUGACUUCCUUUAAGCGCAUCCCGACCUGUUGUUGUUGCUCGUUCGAAGUUGGAAUCAGCUUUAGUACUGCCCGAGGUUUUAAAAGCAGAGAAGUCUUUCUAAAUACAAAGCUCAGUUUCCCAGAAGGACAGGCGACGCCAGUUAAAAGCGAAAAAUGGGUAAACCAUUGUGCCCCGCCGCAUGUGCCCCACCUGGUACUUAUCCACCGGCACGAACCUCACCUGGCGAUGACAUGAUGUGGCACUGUCAUGGUGCUAACUAUGCCGAGCUGGUUUCAAAUCUGCAAAAUCGAGGGAUUCUGACGUCGAAUGAUGCUGCAAAAGCCAUGUCCAAAGUCGACCGGAAGUUCUUUGUGCCGGAUUCCAACAAAGCUUAUAAUGACGCCCCUCAAGUCAUUGGAUACAGAGCGACAAUAUCUGCCCCCCACAUGCAUUCUUACUGCCUGUCGCUAUUGGCUGAUCAUGCAAAACCUGGAGCGUCGGUUCUAGACGUUGGCUCCGGAUCUGGUUACUUAACGGCUGUUUUCGGCCUUAUGGUUGGCGAGACUGGGCGAGUGGUAGGAGUGGAGCAUAUUCCAGAACUAGUGGAGAGGUCGAUUGCUGCUAUCAAGAAGACGCCUGCUGGCUCACUUAUGGACCACGGCAAAAUUGUCGUUCGUGUGGCUGACGGUAAACUUGGCAAUGCGGAGGGUGCACCAUACGAUUGCAUUCACGUCGGAGCUGCCGCAGCAGAACUGCCUGAAGCUCUUGUGCAGCAACUGAAGCCUGGGGGUCGAAUGGUCAUUCCAGUAGGAACUGACAAUCAGAAUCUAGUUAUUAUCGACAAGUUACCGGAUGGAACGGUUGAGAAGACCAGAAAAAUGGUUGUUCGUUAUGUGCCCCUCCUCUAAGCGAAGAUGCUGAAGUUUUUCUUAACUAGAGAUAGUAUCCUUAAUUAGAAAUGUACCGAUAUCGACUCUAGUAAAGCAGAGAUGAUCCAACACAGCCCGUACGCAUCGGUUAUACUGAGCUCCUCUGUAAUUAAUUUCCCCAUUUUGACCCCACAAAAUGACUCUCUACAAACAAUCCACAUGUAUACUAAGCUCUUAAUUCAAGUGCCGUAGAGGCUGAGGCGCCCACGUGGGAAAUUUUUCCUACCGUUACUGCUGAUACAAGAAAUAAAGAUAUUGAAAUUAUAUGCUUCUGACUGUA